CUAGUACAUCACUGCGCGUCUUUGGGUGACACUGUGCCCGCGUCGUAACGGGAUGCCGAUUCACUGAGAGAUGUCAAGUAAAUGCUAAGGCAAUAAUAAUAAGGCAAAGAUAAUGCAUGAAGUGAGAACAGGAAUGACCGAACGGAAGUGACAGUAAUGAAACCGAAACUAGGCUGAUUAUUGGCUCAUUCCUCUACGUAACGUAUAGCCAAUUAGAAAAUACCGAUACAUUCCUGAAAGGGAAUUAUCUAUUCUGCCUUACUGCUCGUCCAGGUUCUGUGCAAUCUACAAAACUAGGUCGGGAUCGCUUCUCUCUCAUCUCAUUUCUUUCACUCUCGAACGAGGCAAGCGCAGUGAGCGGGCUUUUUAACCGAAAUUUGGCAGGCAGCCAAAGUUCACUAUUUUUGGGAUUACUAUUUCUGUGAAGGGAAACAGAUGGAGAGAGUUGACCAAUCAAUGUGUUGUGGAAGAGCGCUGGAAAGGAGUCGGUACAGGGCAAGAAUAAUCGGCCUCUUUAAUUGUAGAAACUAACACGCUAGCCAAAAGAGCGUAUGCACUAAUAUGCAGCGAAUAGAAAGAUGGUACCUACGAUGGUUUCGCGCGAGCCGUGAGAAUUCAGCGGAGAGCAAGGACACCCACGCCAGGCGGCGUUGCAGAUGCUGCCAUGACCGGCGCCUCAUGUUCUGCCUUGGAUGCUUCGGCUGCCGGAGCCAGCAGCGGCCUGCUCAACGGGACCAAGACAGUAAGGAAAGCACUCCUGAGAGCCAUGAACUCCAGACCCUGCAGCCCCUUCCAGCUCCAAAAGAACCGCUGCCGGAAGUCACAAUUGAUAUGGGACGUACCAAACCGAGUCCACCGGAACCAAGCCCAGCACCAGAGGUGAGCGAACCGCUUCCGACGCCCCCUCCGCCACCACGUCCACUACAGGAAAUCCGCACACCGUCGCCGCUUCCGGAAACCCAGAAGCCAGAGCCACCCUGUCUGCCACCUCUGCGUCGCUUCUCUAGGCCAGCAGGGGCUAGGAUCCAGCGACAGGCGUCCGUCUGCCUCUCCUGGUACGAGGUAGAACCCGAUGCACCGCAGUGCAGCCAUUGGUCGCUGGACCGCCGAAGACAACCGGAGGUAGACACUUCCCCUCGACGACUGAGCGUGCCGACGACAGCAAAGUUGCUGCCGGUCGAGUCACCCAGUGAGGGUUGGAAGGAAGUGCCUAGCCCUAUACUGCACGAGUCUUCAAGCACAGAGACGCCUGGGUUCCUGGAGAAAGGACUAGAGAAAAUGGCGCGAAGACUGCUGAAAUCUAGGUCUCUCGAGGAAGAGCCAAGCCCUCCUCCGGUGUUGUACAACGACACUGGUAGCAAGGAAGAUGUCCGAGAAGAAGCCCUGUCUUCGCCGUGUCUUUCGGAAAGCGACCAAAGCGAAGAUGCUGAAACGGUUCGGAUGCAGUACAGACAGCUGUGGGAACUGAGGGCCACAUUCGAAGAAGAGGAGGAAACCGACAGCAGGGCUUUUGGACAGGACAGUUCAUCGCAACAGUCCCUGCCACACUCAGAUCACGUGGUCGUAGUAGAAGAACACGUGGAGACCCCACCAGCGUCAGAAGACGAGAAACAGCAGUGUGGAUUUAAUACUUCCCUCGAUUCAGAGCCCGCCGAUGAAGGUGCACCCAAAGGCCCUCCGGGACGACUAUUGGGUCUUCCCACAUCCGGUGAAGUUCGGCGGCAUAACUACAAGAUCCUUCUAGCCCGCCGCCUCCAGAGAAGGACAGAGAGCUCAGCCGACAACAGUUUCGACAGCAUGGAAACGGACUGUUCUUCCACCGACGCCAGUCGAACCGAAGGAGUCACGACGUCCUCUUUUGAUUCGACAACAGACAACACAGACGGCGGUGAAAGCCAGGCCCAUCACAGGCUUCAACAGAUGAAAGCAGACAGCGGCUAUCGCUCCAUGGAGAGCACAAACGGAAACAAGCCUCCUAAGCUCAGCCGAAAACACGUCGGCUUCCCAGAAGGUGACCCGGCCGAACCCUCGACGUCGACCACACGUCGUAGUGCCCUCAAGAAACGGCGGCAGUUCGAAGGCCGCCAACCUUCCUCCGACGAUAGCGCAGCGGCAACUUCCACCGACGCGGUUCCAGAACUUCCAGAAGCCUCCUAUUACGACGUCCGUGGGAAAAUAUCCGUUUUUCACCGUUUCUUUCGCUCCAGUCGGAGGUCUAGGGGGACUUCUAAACGGAUACUGAUCAGGGACUAUAGCAUAGACCCUAAGACGGAUGCCUUGUUCAAAGAGUUCUCUAGACAGGAUCCGGUUCUGGAAUCUGAAACGGGAGGGAGCAGCCCACGCCUGAGCAGUUCUAAACUGUUGUCGCCUCAACUGAGCAUUGAAGAAGAAGAAGGCUCGGAUGAGUCGCAUUCUGCAAUGGAGGAUGAUUGGAGGGCGGAAGGACCUUGCUGUGAUGCUCCCAUUGUUCGGUUGCCACCCGACUGACCCAAUAUAUGUUCGCCUUGUAUUGCCUGUCUUCGUUCCGACCGGGUGCCUUCAACAAACAAGUCUCUAGCCGAGCUCAGGGGAUUGACGCACUGCUGUGUUACACUGCGUGCCACUUGUCGUUGUCUCCGUCGGGCUUUGCCGUUACUCACCGCGUAGCGUUCGAGAGAAAAGCAAUGCCCGGUCAGCUCCUCAGCCUUCUGGUCACCUAUAUGAUCGUGUUUUUGGAAAGCUCAACGUGUUUUAAGUGAAACAGAACCUUGACAUAUCAGCUGUGGUUUUCGUGACUAGUGCUGGCCCCGUGACCAUAACGUGUGACUCUGUGCAAGCGACGGUGAGGUGCCGAAGUUCCGAUCUCAGACCUUGCCUCCAGAAGAUACAUCUCUCACGAAUCCGGAGCCAAGGCUACCUUGUCUUUCUUGACGAGUACCUCUGACGGCAGAAGAAUUUUAUUUGCUGAUAUUCAUCUCGCAAGUUUUAACUUUUUUUAAAAAAAUUCUGUUGUAUAAGCCAAGACGCGAUCAUUUUACAUCGUUUCGCGUCUUGAAGUUGACAUUUCCUUCCAGCAUUGCUCGGUAGGUGAUCCCCCGGUUAUUUUUCAUAUCUAGUGCCAUCAGUGGUAACCGAAUGUGGACAGGUUAGACCAAAUCAGCCCUUAUGUUCCAUAAUGUCCCCAGAGGAACAAGGAACACACAGCACAGUGCAGCGCAGAAGUUACAGUACCGAGGAAAUGCGAAACAUACCCCGAGUCUGAAUUAGUGCACCAAGUGUGAUGCCCUUGAGUACAUAAGGGUACAGUCUGAGGACCUCCGCAUCGUGUGCAUAACGCUGUAUCAGUAGAAGAUAAAUUCCAAGGGGAAUCGAUAGUAGAGCGCCCCGUUCAUUAGGCGAUACUAAAUUUGGUGCAACCCUUCAGACACACAACCUUUCCAGCUCCUUCUGCACAAAUCCCUCUGGUUAAGGUCACAUACCAUUUUCCCGGACACCGGUGAGGUGACACUCAAUGCUCUGCAUACCAGAACGAUGACUGCUGUCUAGGAGUGCUCAGUGCUCAGAACUUGUUCUAUAUGAAGUGCGUACAUGUGAGGACUUUCUGUAUCGAUACCGCUUGGAUAGGUUGGGUGAAGCGUAUGCCAAAGGCGUGAGGCACGCAAGACAGAGGAUACCGUGGGAACAACGGGGAACAAACUAAAAUAGUCAGCAGACGAUGACAUCUUCCACUAUAGAAGACAGGCACGCCCAAGUUGCCAAUACGAGCUGCACGUCCGCCAUUGCAUACUGCAAGAGCGAGAGCGAGAGCUCGAAGGUAACGUGAGGUACCCUUGAGGGGUCCUGUUGUGUCUACGUUAUGUAUAUACCAGUAUAUUCCAGAUACGGUGACUUUGUUUCUCGUGUCUCGUCUACGCACACACUUUUCUCAGCAAACAGCAAGCAACACUGGUCGAUCAAGAUGCGGUCCUCCCCUUCGACAGUUCUUCUUUGAUGAAAGAUUACUCUUUUUUAUAAUAUAUAUAAGAUAUAUAUUAAAGAUACAAAAGGAAACAUUAA